CAAUAUGGGGCCUUGGCCGGGUUUACAGUGAACAGGUUACGGCGUUACGCGUACAGGCGCGCGUCGAGUUUCAACCAUGAGGGAGGGAUUCAUCCAGGUCCUAAACUCGAACUUCAAAGCCUUGAAGGACCACUUUCUGAUCACUUUGAUUCAGCAGGGCGCCGGGUGUCAGGGCGCUCAAGGACGCUUAGGAGCCUUGGAUCAUUCUGGACCGUGUUUGCAGAGGAGCGAUGGGUGCAGGGCAGGUUGCCAAGGGUGUUUCGUUUUCCCGCCAGCUCCUACGAACGCUGGACCUCGUUCAGCAAUCUGCCGCCCGUGCAUCUGCAGCCGCUCGGCAGCUUGAUAUUCAGCUGGCCCCGUUUUCCACCGCACCAAGGAGUGGCGAGUCACCUUCUCAAACCAAUGUUGAAAGACCGGCAAGUCUAUAUCAUGCAGACUCUGACAGUCCAAAGCCGUCCAUUACCAAUUCCUUUGCUUCAAGAAUUUCAGAUUCUUUGAAACCUGGAACUGGCCUCAGGGGUUUCGCAACACAGUCAACGGCUGAGGCAAAGGCCCCCGUCGAAAGUCGCCAGGCGUACGAUAAGCGUGUGCGGGAGGUGCGGAAGAAGUACAUUGAGGAGCUGGCGGAAAAGCGGAGGCGAGAGGCGGCAUUCGAGCAGAAGAAGCGGGAGAUCUAUGCUGCGAGAAGGCAGGAUGUGAAGGAGGCGAAGCUGGCGGCGUUGAGGGAGGAUGCCCAGGAGAAGGAAAGGCUGCUUGAGGAACAGCGGCAGCGGAAGGAGCUCCGUCGCCAAGAAGGGCAACAGCGCUUGCUGCAAGUCAAAGCAGCACUCCAAGCGCAGCGGGAUGGAGAAAGAGCGCUCAUUGUAGCAUCUAGCCAAACGUGGGUAAAGGAAGGGGAGCUCGAAGCAAGGAUUGAGUUGGCGCUGGACAAUCCCUUCGCACUCUGAUACUCGUGUACUUUUUGCGGAAGUGAAACCAUGACGACAGAAGCUUCAAAAGGGGACUCGACGUUUUACGAAUUGAAUGUUAUGAUCAAGUUGGCUUGGAUCUCAGCGCUCAUCCAGUGUUCUGUCCUCGGUUCUGUACGACCCUGCAUUGUUGGCGUGCUGAUUAGUUCUUGAACGAUGCUGGCUGCUUUGUCAGCUAGAAAGAGAU